AUGUCGGACGAAGCUUCUAAUGCGCAAGGGGAUAAGCCAGCCGCUCUUGGUGCCGGAAGACCUCGCACGUUGACCAAAAAGCAAAAGAAGAAGCUUGCCGGAGAGAAACUGAACGAAGGUAACAGGAAGCGGAAGCUUGAAGCUGAGGAACGGGAAAGACUGGCCAAAAGAGCCAGGUCUGGUUCGGAAGAGGAGGUCAAUCGACCACGUAAAGAGACAUCGACUUUGAGUCCGUUGCCUCCUUCAAAAUCCUCUAGUCCAAAACCGGUACCUCUCCCUGCAAAUGCUCCUCCCCCUUCUGCCAAUGUUGCGUCUUCGCCUGUCCAUGGAUUCAUGGACGAACUUGAUAUCGACCUGCGUGUACGUCAGCGGGAAUUAUCAGAAGAGAGACGCCAAGUUCGGGAAGAAGAAGAGCUGGCGGAAGAGCUGGCAAGGAUUGUGGAGCAACGAGAGUUAUCCGCGAUGGUGGAAGAGGGCCGGUUGGACAGAGAAUUUUCGGAGGAGGAGGCAAUGCGAUGUGAGCAAGAGAUUAGAAGGCAGGAGGAGGAGGAGGAGAAGGAGGAGGAGAAGGAGAAGGAGGAGAAGGAGGAGAAGGAGAAGGAGGAGGAGGAGAAGAAGGAGAAGGAGGACGGGGAGAAGAAGGAGAAGGAGGACGAGGAGAAGAAGGAGAAGGAGGACGAGGGAAAGAAGGAGAAGGAGGACGAGGAGAAGAAGACGAAAUUGGGAGAGACUCUGAGACAGGCGAUGCUCGACAAAGAUCGCAUGGACCGGGAGGCUGCGUCUCGAGCGAAGAAUGUGGAGGAUAACGACAACGACAAGUCGAAUCGCCAGUCAGCGCAGAAAGACGGGGACGAGGACAAUGCUGCAAGCCAGCAACCAGCUUCUGGUGCAGAGAAGCAAAAAGAAGGCGAAGAAGAGCAACGGGGUGAAGCGGAGGAGAAGAUGAAUAAAGAGGCGGGAAUUGGGUACAAGAGACGAUUUGAUCUCCUGGAUUCGGAAACAGGUCCUUUCCCCUCGGUAUCUUGGCCUGUCCCGAAUAUCAAGCUGGAACGACCGCAACAAGUCCGCCAACUCCCUAAAGCAGUUCCGAUCGACAAGGAAGCUUUGAAGGAUACAUUCUCGAAGUUUGCUGAAUGGGAACAACGGUCACAAGGGACCGGUCCAAAACAAAAUUCCCGCAAGAGGGGAUUAGACAUCGUUACAGAUGUGGCCGAAGACGUCUGGGAUGGUGCCAGAAAACGGCGAGGCAGAACUCCGAGAGAUUUUGGGGACAUGGACAAGGGGGAUGAUGACGGGCCGCGGAAGAAGCAAAAGACUGGUGAAGCGGCCUCUCUCAAACCUUCUCGCCAUGAGAAAAAGGACUUCCUCGGCCAAGUCAUUUACGGGAUCGGACGGAACUUGCGGAGUCCGAUUUAUCGUGCGGGUUCCCGCUGGCAAGAACCGUUUCCAACCGGACGGUUCAAAAAUCCAGAUGGACUGGUACGAGCUUUGGACAUCGCGAUGAAGGGUGUCCGGCGCAACCCGGCUCACAGUGUGGAGUCAUGGAAAGAGCACGUUGAAAGGGAAGUUCAACUUCUUCUUGGGGAAGGCUGGAACGCGUCCGAGUGGACGAAGGUCAUGGAAAUCGGGACCGACGAUGGGAAGACACAGCCGGAACGCUUGUGCGCUUUCUUUGAGUUUGCUUGGGACUCUGGAGCUUACGGGAAAGCUUUCAACGAGUGUCAUUCUCCUGCACGAGCACAAGCAUACGGUAUACUGGCUCAAGCAGUCGAGGCUCGCGAGGAAAGGUGGCAGGGGAUAUCGAAGCGGGAAAUCAUCCGCAAGAUAAAUUCUCUGGGAAAAGAUGGAUACAAUGUCCUCACAAAAGAGCUUGAGAGGAGAUGGGACGAGAUCAUCGACACUGAGGAGCGAGCAGCGGGAUGCGUCCACGCGUUGUUGGGAGAUACCUUCAGAGAUUUCAGAGCUGUCUCUGAGAUCGAUGGCCGGCCGCAUGAAUGCGACACUCCCGACAAGAAGCAGCUGUGGGACGUCGGUCGGAGGUAUCUGACGAAGGCGACUGCACUGCGGGAAGCACUUGGAAACGUGGUACGAGGUUGCGGAUGGCAAGAUGGGGUGUAUAUGGGGCGGGAAUGGAUGAAAGGUGCCACUCCUGCUUUCAUUGCUGUGGUCGGGGGGAUAUUCGAGGUCUUCGCCAAUCGUCCGGAUUUCAAGUCGACCAGUUCCUUGGCCGGCGAGAUACAUUACCUCCGACGACUGCUGGGUGAAGGACGGUUCUACGAGAGCGAGUGGGUUCCCAUCCUGGCCUGA